UGUGACGCCGCUAGUUGGCGCUUACACCACAUUUCGCCUGCGGGAGGAACACCAACGAAGAAGUGAGAGUGCGGCUAGCAGUAGCCUGGGGACUGAGGAGGAACAGAAAUCCUACAAAUGGACAAAAAGAAGAAACCAUUCGACGUGACGGCUUCUUCGUUAGUGGACCUGAAAGCUGAACUGUACAGGAAGCAGGAACAAUUCAAACAGGACAAACUCGGACAAGAAAAUGCUGGAGCUGGAUCUAAAUCUAAAUCCAAAGAGAAGAAACCAAAUGUCUGGAGCAAACAGAACCCUGGUGUUUCAGCGCGGGCUGAGAAAGAUGCAGAGCAGCUGGACGAGGAGCAGAAAAGUCUUGAUACGUCAAAGCGCAGGUUGGAGGAGAAGGCCAAACUCUACGAGCAAAUGACCAAAGGAGACUUCCCAGAUGAGGAGACAGAGGGUCUGUUCCUGGUCGAUUUCACGCAGAAGAUUAUUGACAAAAAGAGAGAAACAUUUGCACAGAGGGACAUGUUGAAAGAGGAAGAUGAAGAGAGAGACAGCUCGACACCUAUACCUGCUCCUGGAAACCCAGAUGAGGAAUGGGUGGACUUCGUCGAUGCUUUGGGCCGAUCUCGAAGAUGCAUGAAGAAAGACCUGCCAGAUUUUAAGAAAAUGGACCAUAACCUAAAAGGAAAAGGGACAGCCUCAUCUGAGAAGACUUUACUCUCAGAGGACAUGCGCCGAGAGCUGCAGAGGCAGGAGUGGGAGAGGGAGGAAGAGGAGGCUAUGAAGAGGCCUAUUGGACCGAUCCACUACGAGGAUAUCCGAGGACAAGAGGCACGAGAGCUUGGUGUUGGAUACUUUGCGUUUUCUCAGGAUAAAGAGCAUCGCAGAAAGCAGAGAGACACUCUGGACAUGCUCAGAGACCAGACAACAGAACAGCGUAGUAAAAGAGAACGACUGAAGGAGAAGAGACAGGCCAUCCUGCAGGCCAGAUUGGCCAAGGUAAGGCAGAGGAAGAUGAAGAAGACCAAGCUUGAUGGCACUGAAGAAGAAGACAGAGAGGAGGAGAAAGAAGCAGAUGAAGAUGAUAGUGAAUUGAUCGGCUCCCCGCCUCUACCAGAGGACUAUCCUGAGGUCAGUACUGUGAAGAGGGUGGAAGUUGAGAUCCAGGAAAGGAAGGACACUAAACCAGGAGUUCCUCAUGUCAGAGAGUGGGACAGAGGCAAAGAGUUUAUGUUUAGCGAAUGGAAAAGCCGGCGCCGGGAUGAGCGAGAGUCAGACUUUGCUCCUCCCUCUGCAUAUUUCACUGAUUGGAAAAAACAAGCCCCAGGAAAGAAUAAAACUCAGGAGAAUAAAUCCAAAAUGUCUUUCAAGUGGUCAAAGGGCCCUGGAGAAAUCUCUGAGAGUAAAGAAAAACCACCUCAGCCUGAAACACCUCCUUCACCCCCCCAACCUCAACAAAAAGAUCCAUCUGCUUCUCCGCCACAGAACACGUCCCAGCCAACACCCUCACAGCCCCACGUUGUUUCAGCCCCUUUGUCUGCUCCUCAUUUCAGUCCCCAGUGUCCACCUCCUCCAUUUUAUCCCCCAUUUCCUCCUCCUCAUCCUUCCCAGUUUGCAGGUCCACCUCACUUACCUCCUCACUAUCCCUCCCAGUAUCCACCCCAGUAUCCUCCUCAAUUUCCACCCCAGUAUGUCCCCCAGUAUCCACCUCAGCCGCAGAGCCAGUCUCAGCAGCCCCACGAGCCCUCACACCACAGCCAGGCUCAGCAGCCCCCUCAGGGUUCUUCUCAGAGUCUGGAUGACAUGUUGUCCUUCUACAGGAACUUUACCUGACCUGAUGUUCACUGUGUAGUUGCCUCAUGUAAGGAUUUGUAAUACUGCUGUUUAGUUUUAGGCCUCAUGCAAGAACAUGUUCUUUAAGAAUAUUGCAGCCUAGUUUUACGCUGUCGGAUGCUAGAGGAGGAUGCUAAACAUCAACCUGCACAAAGGUCCUGUUAUAGAUAUUUUUAAUUGAAUUAAUUUUGGUAUCAUAUGUAAAGUUCAAAAUCAUUCACUGGAAUCUUUGAAAUAAGAUUGUUUAACCCUGUGAUGACAGGUCAGUGUGUCUGUUCAUGACAACAUCUGGAGAACUUGUGAAUGUUGUGAAGGCCCCAAAUUUUCUUUAAUCUCUCAAACCCCCAGUGUCACUUGAGAACUGGUCUGUUCACACAACCAAAUCUUGCAUUAGGCCCCAUGCCUCAGCUCUUUGGAGUUUUUGCAUUUAAUAAAUAACAGGAAUUUAAAUAACAUUGUU